GCUACUUCCCCUUUAAGAGAACCAUGGCACCUCGCAAGUCGAAGCAGACAUUUUUCAAUGCAAGAUUUUUCCUUGCAUAAAUUAUGUUCAUGACGUAGUGCAAAAAAGCCAAUUUUGUGGCAAUUUUGUCCGACUUUACAGCUCAGAUGGGAUUUUGUGAGACCCCUGAUGGAUUUUUUGCUAUCUGAACUGUUGCAGAAAGGGCAUCGUCAUUAAAUAUUAAGAGAGAGGAGAUCCUAACAUUGCAACCCUCCUUAUCAAUGCAAAUACCUCUUUUGUGUGCAGUCACAGCGCCUGUCUGGGAGCUGAGAUGAAUUUUUAAUUAGGUGUGACUGAAACAAACUGUGACAAGGACCUUUAUAAAAGCGGGGGAUUACAGAAAAUAAGCUGCAUUUACGCGAAUGUCAGGAAGACAGUGACUGUGGUGGUGCAGUGAGCCAUGAACUCCAAGGAUCCCCCAGCCAAAGAUGCCCCACUUACUGUCAAUGAGCAGGUAACACUCACCUGUCUGUUAAAGCACGAUGAACGGCCUUCUCUUACCACUAUAACCACUCUGAGCUUAGCCAAACCCUGAAAACCUAUGUUGUCCUCAAGUUCUCUGCUGCUGUUUGCUCCUGUCACCCUCCAUGUGUCAACAUACCAUACCACAAUGGAAUGAUUAACCUCCACAGAAGUCCAUUGAAAACAGGACCCACUUUAGGGGUUAGCGGUCUUCAAACUGCCAUGCUUAAUAAUAACUAGUGUUUUUUCUCUGUCUAGUAACAUUCAGUGUGGACAUAGUCAGCAAACAAAAGAAACGCUGCAGAGGGGAGCUUUGAAGAAAGCAUUGCUUGAGCUGCUUGUUGGCUAAUGCUCUUAUCAUUGUUUUUUUUUUUGUACUCAUGCCAUGCGCUUUUCAUUUGUGUCUCUUUUUGUUGUUUGGUUUGUUUUGGGUCAUUGUGUCCUAACAUGUGCUCGGCUUCUCUGUUCUCCGUAGCCAUUCACUGUCUGACUGCAGAAGUCUUUUUUCAGCCAUUUAAAUCCUGCACUUUGAAAUUCCCUGCCAAAGACAGCCAGGUCAUUGUGAUGUCUGGCCAUGAGACGAUUCGUGUGCUAGAGGUAGAAGUUGACGCGUCCCUGCCAUCAUCAGUACCCGAUGUGAAGAGUGAAGCCAAAGCUGAGGAGGGAGUGGCUCGGCCUGCAGAGCAACCUGAGGCUGGCAGCACACAGGACGUGCCCCAGAGCACUGGGGUAGUAGUGCUGGGCGAGCAGCAUGUGGUGUCUGUAGAGGCUCCUGCCCCUGCUGUCCAAACGCUGACUCCUGCUGUUCCCGUCAGUUUGUCCCUGUCGCAGCCACAGGCCGCCAUGCCCAUCACUGUACAAGGCUGUCCACAGGUGCUGACCCAGGAAAGUUUGGCCACUCUGAUGACUGGUAUGAUGGCCCAGACAGGAUCCCUGGGGCAGCCCUUGCUCAUCCCCCUCAGUAUGGCAGGCUCCAUUGGUGGCCAGGGUGGUCUGGCUGUUCUCACCUUGCCUACCACCAAUGUAGCUACUAUCCCCGGGUUCACAGCAGCUAACACGGCCGGAAAUCUCCUCAAACUGCCCUUUGCUGGCCUCCAAGCUGCGACAGUCCUGAACUCUGUCCAGCCCCAACUGCAGACAAAUGCCCAGACGAUGUUCCAGCCGCAAGCAGCUUCCAUACAGCAGGUUCAGGCGACGUCUCAGCCAACACAGGUGACCAAUGCACAGGUUACCGCUGCUCAGGUGGCGGCAGCCCAGGCCACCUCGGCCGCCACUACUGUCUCUCAGUCCAACAUAUCCUUAGCGGCACUCCAGACUGCAGGACUCUCCAUCAAUCCUGCUAUUAUCAAUGCUUCUUCUUUGGGAGCUCAGCCCCAGUUCCUCAGUUCCCUCACCUCCACUCCCAUCAUCACCAGUGCCAUGUCCAACAUGACUGGCAUCACCAGCCAGAUCAUCACAAAUGCCCAGGGACAGGUCAUAGGAACCCUCCCACUGUUGUUUAACCCAGCCUCUCUGGCUGGAGGGGCAGCGACACACACCCUUCCCCUCCAAGGGCUCCAGGGCCUCCAGGGUCUCCAGGGCCUCCAGGGGCUCCAGGGUCUUCAGGGGCUCCAGGGGCUCCAGGGUCUCCAGGGGCUCCAGGUCCAGACUGUCACCCCACAGCUGCUUUUCAACGCCCAGGGCCAGAUCAUUGCCACACUAGGGAAUGGGUCUGCAGUUGCAACCUCUGCUACUACAGUUCUGCCCAAACCGGCUGCUCCUCCAACACUUACCAAAGCUGUCACACAGACUUCGGUAACAACUGUCAGUCAGUCACCAAUUGUCAUCGCCCCGCAGCCGUCUGUACUGAAGACUGCCACCACGCUCUCCUCCACAGUACCCAUCACCUGUGGAGACAUUGCAAAAGUGGGCCAGCUUGUCAGCAAACCCCAGCAGGUAGUCAGCAGCGAGGAAGGCAUUAAUCUGGAAGAGAUUCGAGAGUUUGCCAAGAAUUUCAAGAUCCGCCGGCUGUCCUUGGGGCUUACUCAGACACAAGUAGGGCAGGCUCUGACUGCAACUGAGGGUCCGGCCUACAGCCAGUCUGCCAUUUGCAGGUUUGAAAAGCUGGAUAUCACGCCCAAGAGUGCUCAGAAGCUAAAGCCGGUGUUGGAGAAGUGGCUGGCUGAGGCCGAGCACUGGAACCAGAAAGGCCAGCAGAAUCUGAUGGAGUUUGUUGGCGGUGAACCAUCCAAAAAACGCAAGCGCCGUACUAGUUUCACACCGCAGGCAAUAGAAGUUCUUAACUCCUACUUUGAGAAGAAUGCAUUGCCAACAGGCCAAGAGAUUACAGAAAUUGCAAGAGAGCUAAACUAUGACCGAGAGGUCGUGCGAGUAUGGUUCUGCAACCGGCGACAGACGCUGAAAAACACAAGCAAAAUCAAUGUCUUCCAGGUUCAGUAGCAACCUCAUUCUGGGAGGGUUCGCCGCUGAUCUUUGGUCAUUUUCUUUUUGGAAGAUGAACAUUUAAUACAGCAACACAGUUGUGAAUUGUGUUGCCAAACUCUAUUAAAGAAUAUGAAUUUUUUCAGAAAAGGAAGGAAAUAAAAGUGUGUAAUUUAAUAAUAAUAGUAUUAUGAAGGAGUAGUAAAGAUGAGUUGUGAUUGUAUUUUGAGGCGGUAUAUGUGUACACAACUCCUGUGUGGUGGGUACUAAGUCAAACUGCAUGGUCUUUUUAUCAUAUACAGUGAUGAUAAUACACGUGUCAUAUUAAAACAUUUGAAUAACUUUUAUACAAGUGGUUUUAUAGGCUAUCCCUCUGAAUUGUAUUAAGUGACAUGUGCAUUGAGUCACAUUGAUUUUAGUCACAUAAUUGUCACUUUGUCACAAACCCUGACAUUACGCUGAUAUUUGAAUAACAUGCUUUUGCUACCAUGGAUGUUUUCAAAAUGCUUGCUGCUCAUUUAUUUCAUAUUUACGUAGUAUUUGUACUGCGUGAGCAGCUUUGCAAACAAAUAACGAUUCUGACAGGCAUAAGAUUUUGUAGACUAAAAUAGCUUAUCACCUUAUUUUCAUCAGAAUUAGUUGUUCAAUUAACGUCAAACUUUGCUAUCUAUGGACUUCUGACUUUGCAGCAGUGUUUUAGGACAAUCAUCAUUCUGAUAUUUCUUCAUCAUUACAAAGAUGAGCUUAAAAUCUGUAGUAAUUUCUUUUUGUGUGGCUUUGAUAUUUUUAUUCAGCAGCGUGAAAGGUGUCACACUGUUGUGGCUGUCAAUAGAGAGGGUCAUUUCCGAUGGACAACAGGUUCUUAUCAAAAUAAAGUUGUAGCCUCGGCUAUUGCCUACGAUGCCACAACUGUAAACUGAUUUUUUUUCCUUUGUAAAUUACUGGUCAUGCAAAUAUGCAUACUGUAUAUGUGUGAAUUCAUCACAGUCUGUCCUGUUUUGACAUUUUCUGUUUAAUGUGCUUAUAAUGCUCAGAGUAUUUUGUGAUUUCCUCUUUAUUCACUGUUGUCACUCUUCCCCUGGCUUGACAAUGUUUCUGCUGCAUUUUUGGAAUCUUAAGUUAGAUAAAGUAUGUUUUAGGAGGAGCUUAAUUGGCCAAUUAUGAAGUCAAUUUGAAAUAGUCUUAUGUUGCCUAGAAACAUACUGUAAGCACCAUAUUGUUUUAGCUAAUCUUACUAAGCCUAAUAUCAAUCAAAUUACUGAAUUAAAAAAAAUGUAAUCAACUGUUCAGCCAAGGAAGGGAAGGGUUUUGUGGUUUAAUGUGUUAUGACUUUCAAUCUGAAUGAGUUUGAAGAGUGUUUGCAUGUGCAGUCUGAAGUUAUUUUCUGUAGGAACAAUACGACAGCGUUUUUCUUUGUAUUUGCCAAUUCUUCAAGAAUUCUUCGCACUUUAGUGACAGCAGGGAAAGUACAGUAAAAGGGUUACGAAUGGUUUAUGUACAGUGCAAGGGUUCAGUUAUGUAUGUGGGAAAAUUUAAUGUCUGCAUUUCAGUGUUUAUUGAACAGCAAGAAUCUUUGCUUUGCAAAAUGUAGCAGUACUGGCAAAAUUGCAAUCGUUAACAAGCAACAUCUAUCUCUAAGAUUAACUUACUUUUUAUGCAGAUGAAAUGUAAAAUACUGCAGAUUAAAUAUAAAACCUAAUAUGCAUUAAACACAUUCUUUGAUUUUGUGAAUUACAUGGUGCAUUUGAUGGUCCAGCUCAGUUUCGUUUUGAAUAAUUUUGAAUAAAUAGGCCUAUAUUGCAGUGGACAUACAUACAGUAUAUGCCUAACCAUACAAAGUAAUUGAUAUUGCAAAGAUUAUGCUUUAAUGUGUUUUCCGUCAUAUUCAAUAUGGGAUGACAAUGUUUAAUAUUGUUUAAUAAAGUUAUCAAUAGAGAAAAGAAGAGCUAAACUAUAAUAAGAUAUCAGCUAUACGUCAUUUGAUUUUUGCAAAGCACAUAAAAUGUGAGAAAAGGGAAAAAGAAGUUGAAUGCUAUCUGUCUUUCUGUCAGAAAAAUCAAAUAAACCCUGUUUUUACUAAC